AGCGAUCAUAUCAAUUUAUUUUAGGAUAUCCCUUCCCCUCACUUGUGGUAGAAGAGUGAGUUGGUAACUGACGCCACUGAAGAGAAUUAAUUAAUUAUCAAAUUGUUACACAGAUGAUUCUAACAUGAAAUUUGCCAAAUCGGGACCAGAAAGCUGCAGGAGGGCAUGACAGUCUUUUAAUUUUUUUGCGCAGAUGUCAGCGCUUUUGGUCGAAGAAGAUGAAGUAAAAAUGACGACCGUCAUUGACUUUACAAACUCUAGUGAGAAGCUAUGAAGAUCCUGAUGACUGGCGCUUCGGGUUUCCUAGGAGGAAGACUUUGCCAUGCCCUCCUGCAGCAGGGCCACUCGGUACGAGCCUUGGUUCGACCAGCCAGCGAUCUCUCCGGGCUCCCUUCCCCAUCCGGAAACGGCGAUUUCGAGCUCGCCUACGGUGACGUGACCGACUACCGGUCCCUUCUCGACGCCUGCUACGGCUGUCAUGUUGUCUUCCAUGCUGCAGCCGUCGUCGAGCCCUGGCUUCCGGAUCCUUCCAAAUUCUUUCAAGUCAACGUUGAUGGAUUGAAGAACGUUUUGCAAGCAGUCAGAGAGACAGGGACGAUUGAGAAAAUUAUAUACACGUCGUCGUUUUUCGCACUCGGAUCCACUGAUGGAUGUAUCGGCGAUGAAAGUCUAGUCCAUCAUGAGAGAUUUUUCUGUACAGAGUACGAGAGGUCCAAGGCUGCUGCUGACAAAAUAGCGUUACAGGCUGCGACUGAAGGGGUACCAAUAGUGUCAGUUUAUCCCGGGGUUAUCUAUGGUGCCGGCAAGCUCACCAGCGGUAAUGUGGUAGCCCGUUUGUUGAUUGAACGCUUUAACGGGCGAUUACCAGGAUACAUUGGGUAUGGCAGUGAUAGGUAUUCAUUUUGUCACGUGGAUGAUGUGGUGCAAGGCCACAUUGCUGCAAUGGAAAAGGGUCAAACUGGCGAAAGGUAUCUGCUCACCGGAGAAAAUGCAUCAUUCAUGGAGGUUUUUGAUUUGGCUGCUUUAAUCACUAAAACGGGAAAGCCAAAAUUUAGCAUCCCCUUAUGGGUUGUUUCGGUUUAUGGAUGGAUUCUGGUUUUAGUUUCAAGAAUUACAGGAACACUGCCUCUUAUCAGCCCACCGACCGUGGCUGUUUUACGACACCAGUGGGCCUAUUCUUGCCGAAAGGCUGAAGUAGAGCUGGAUUACAAACCUAGAAGCUUGAAAGGAGGACUGGAAGAGAUGCUUCCUUGGUUGAAGAGCUUGGGGUUGAUAAAAUUCUGAGGAAGAAAGUGCUUUUUUAUUUGGAAGUCUGUUGUUAACUCUUGCUGUAUAAGACCCCUAUUAACUGGAACUUCGUACUGUGUGAACUGUGAACUGAGUUACUGAAACUGUUUAGGGUCUGCUGAAAUAAUUUCUUACAAAACAUGUCAGAGGCCGAUGUCUCUUGAAGAUGCUCGGGAAGAAAGUUCCCCAACGAGAGUAAAUUAUGGGUCAUUUUAGUUGUUGAAUGAUGGAUUUCGAAUGUUUUUGGUAUCAAAGAUGCAACAUAAGAGAUCGAGUUUAUUCGUCACUAGGCUUGGUGACUACUGUAAGUUCUAAUCCCUUAUUACUAUAUAAGGAUAUAUAUUUAAUUUUAAAAUAUAUUCUCUCUUUAUCAAUAACAAUAUAUAUUUAACAAA